AUGGCAUCCACCGCGCCUCCUGCUGCUGCUGCUGCUGCUGCGGCUGUGGCGACGCGCGAUGCGGCCACCGUGCUGCCCUAUGUGCGCUCCGUCGUGUCCGUGCUUCUCGCGGACGACAGCGCGAUCGAGGCCGACCUUGCCCAGCUCGACGCGACGCUCGCUUUGGCGCCAACGCAGGCUGCCGUCUCCCGCUUUGCCAGCGACGCCGCCUGCCCCAUCCUCGUCGUACAGCGCGCCCUCGCAGAAACGGGAUCGGCACCAUCCUACUCUGUGCAGUUGGAGGUCCGCCACAGUGGCGGCGCGCGCUCGGCGACCUUCCUGGCACUCAUCAAGAAGGGCACCGUGCUGGAGGCAGACAAGUCGCUUGCUCAGCAGCUGCACGUCAUCAACCUCAGCGAGGACAACCCGUUCGAGACGCUGCACGCAUACAUUCACAACGCCGUCUCGCCGUUCUUCAACUCGUGCGUCACAGCCAAGCAGGAUUCGUCGGCCGAUCCUUCGUCAUCGGCAUCAUCAUCAUCUACAGGUGGAUCCAGCUCGGCCGCGGCGGCGGGGCUGGCCUCGGGAAGCGCCACCGUCAAGCGCAAGAUGGCUGAACUUGAGCUCUCGCUGCUGCAGCUGCAGCAGAAUGUCGAUAUUCCGGAGGUGGACUUGCAAAUCCACCCGCUCAUUACACAGACCAUUGCCAAGCAUCGUUCGGCGGGCACCAAGGCCACCGUUGACGACUUUGACGUGAACGACUCGACGUUCGUCUUCAACCUGCAGAGCUGCGUCGAUCGCUGGAUUAAGGAGAUUCAAAAGGUGACCAAGCUCGACCGCGACCCGUCGCACGGCAGCGCCUUGGUGGAAAUUGCCUUCUGGGUCAACCUCGAGCGCGCCCUGCAGCAAGUCGAGACCCGCCUGGCUGCGGACGACGUUGUGCUCACUCUCGACCUGCUCCAGCGCGCCAACCGCUUCACGGCCAUCACCAAGUUCCGCUCGGACAUUCAGCUCAAGGAGGCGAUGGAGCGUGUGGCCAACUACAACGUGGUCAUGAAGAACUUCCCAAUCAACGAAGCCCUUGCCGCUCCCGAUGUCGGCCGCAUCAUCACUGCCGUGGAGGACAUUUUCAACCACUUUAAAAAGCUCCGUGGGUCGCAGUAUCCCAUCCCGCGUGCCAUCAAGUUUGUUGAAGCCGUGUCGCGCGACAUUUCCGCGCACAUUGUGGACGUGCUGCAGCGCCGCAAGCUCAUGCAGCUGCCGUUCGACGAUUUUGAGCAACUCAUGGAGCAUUGCAACCAGCUCUUCCGCCGCUUUGCUGUCCACCUCACCAGCUUCAAGAACAUGAUUCGUGACGUCGCUCGCACCAGCACCCAGGCAAACCGCUCGCAGCUGGCCAUCCGCAACGAGCUGGCCACGCUGGAGGAACGCCUUGGCGCUGUGCAAGAGUUCCGUCGCCACCACGAGCAGCUCCGCUCGGUCAUUCUGCGUGUGCUCCGCACGGCCUCGUUCGGCAACGACGAGAAUGCCGUCAAGGCGGCUGCGUCCAUCGCCAACCACACGACCGUUCUCGCGCUCUCUGCCUCAGGCGACAGCAACACGCAAGCCAUCGACGACAUUAACGAUGCCUUUGAGACGGUCAAGAACGUUGACGUGCUCGACCUCACUCGCGAGGGCCUUGAGCUCUGGGAGUCUGCCAAGCGUGCUUACGACGAGCGCGUGGACCGCGUCGAAACCCAAAUCACCGCCUACCUGCGCGACCAGCUGGGCACGGCCAAGAACGCCAACGAAAUGUUCCGCAUCUUCAGCCGCUUCAACGCGCUGUUUGUGCGUCCACGCAUCCAAGGCGCCAUCAAAGAGUACCAGACCAAGCUCAUUCAGCGCGUCAAGGACGACAUUGAGACGCUCGUCAACAAGUUCAAGACCCAGUACUCGCACUCGAUGGCCUCGCGCAUGAGCACAGUCCGCGACAUUCCGCCAGUGUCUGGCUCGAUCAUUUGGGCCCAGCAGAUUGAGCGCCAGCUCAAGACGUACAUGCGUCGCGUCGAGGAUGUCCUUGGCCCCAACUGGGUCAAACACGUUGAGGGUGGCAAGCUCAAGGCGGACGGCGAUAACUUUGCCCGUCUGCUCAACCCGCAACAGCUCUACCUCAAGUGGAUUGACGAUGUCACUGCGCGCGAUCCCGAGGUUGCAGGCCCGCUCUUUGAGAUUGUCAGCAUUCGCUCGCGCGCGGCCUUGGCUGCCGCCACGCUGAACGCUGCUGGUAGCACUUCGUCAGCUGCUGCUGCUGCUGCUGCUGCCGCUGCCGGUCCUGCCUCCCGUCUUCGACUGGGCGUCAACUUUGACUCGCAAAUCAUCACCCUGUUCAAGGAAGUGCGCAACCUGCAGUGGCUGGCCGAGCGCAACGGCCUCAAGCCGGUGCCCAACAAGAUUACGCGCGUUGCCCACGCUGCAGAGACCAUCUAUCCGUUCGCCGUUUCCCUUCAAGAAACGCUGCGCGGCUACUCGACCGCGUGCGACCAAGUCGACGCCCUCGACGCGAACGCCCCGCAACUCGUGGCUGGCUACAAGCGCGACAUGCAGGUCUUGAUUGCCGAAGGUAUGACCAAGUCCUGGGACAAUGUCAACCUCGACAAGUACAUUACCCGCCUGGCUGCUGCCGCUCAAACGUUCCAGGACAAAGCUGAGGAUUUGCAGGCCAUCCAUGCCAAGGUUGCCGCGCUGGUCAAGUCGCUGGCCACUUGCGCCCUGGACGCCGCGACGCUCCGUGGCAUUGUCUCACGCAUUCAGAACGCUGUCGACGAGCUCAAGCUCAAGGGCUUCUCCAACCUGACCUCCUGGGCGUCCACGCUCGAUGCCCAAGUCGAAGGCCUGCUCGCCGUGCGUCUCCAGGCUGCUGUCGCGACGUGGACUGCCGCCUUGACCAACUACAACACGGCUGUCGCAGCUGGCAAGAAGCCGCAGUUCAACCAGCAAAUGUCCAUCAUUUCGUACCACGAUGAAAACGACAGCGCCAACGCUGCUGCUGCUGCUGCUGCCGCUGCUGAUGCUGGAGCCAUCACACACCCGGCCGGCGGCAUCCCCACCUUCAAGGAGCUGACGCACGAAAUCCGCAUCCGCAACCAGGUCAUGUACUUGCAUCCGCCGCUCGAGCACUCGCGCUCGCACUUGUUCAACCAGCUGCACGAGUGGCUUCGCGUCGUGUGCGGUCUGCCGCGCAUCCAGGGCUCGCGCCUUGCGGUCGAUGCCGGCCUUGCGGACGGCUCGUCUGCCUCUGGCGCUGCCUCGCACGAGCACACCUACCGCACGCUGGUCGUCAAGCUGGCCGUCACCGACCCGCAGGCGCUGCCCAAGGCGCUCGCUGCCAUUGAACAGCGCGUCGCCCAGGUGCGUGACUAUGUCAAGGAUUGGCUCCAGUACCAAGCGCUCUGGGACCUCGAGGGCGCUUCGGUCGUGGCUCGCCUCGGUGACGACAUUCAGCUGUGGCAGCAGCUUCUUGUUGAAAUCAAAAAGGCCCGCGCCACUGUCGACUCUGCCGACAUCACGGCGUCCUUUGGGCCGAUCGUGGUCAACUUCCAGCAAGUGCAGACCAAGGUCAACCUCAAGUACGACGCCUGGCACAAGGACAUUCUCGGUCGCUUUGGCGCGCUCAUGUCGUCGUCCAUGCAAGACUUUUACCGCGAGAUUGGCACCAGCCGCACCGACCUCGAGCAGCACUCGGUGGACGCCGAGUCGACCGCCGAGGCCGUCAACUUUGUCACGUUUGUGCAAGACCUCAAGCGCAAGGUGCGCGUCCUCACCACCCGCAUGCAAGCCUUCCGCGACGGUCAAAAGCUGCUGGAGCGCCAGCGCUUCCAGUUCCCCUCGGACUGGCUGCACGUUGGUCAGCUCGAGGGCGAGUGGGCCGCGCUCAGCGAAAUUCUCGCUCGCAAGGACGCUGCCAUUCAGUCGCAGCUCGCCUCGCUCCGUCUGAAGGUGAUUGCCGAAGACCGCGCCACGGCUGCCAAGGUCGGCGAGCUGCUGGCCGAGUGGGAGGCCGAAAAGCCCGUCCAAGGCCAUCUCCGCCCCGAGAAUGCGCUCAAGUGCAUUGCCGGCUUUGAGACACGCUUCCAGCGUGCGCGCGACGAUACCGAGCGUCUCAACCGUGCCAAGGAGGCGUUGGACAUUUCUGACGCGUCGGCAUCGUCUUCCUCGGCCUCCAGUAGUAGUGGUAGUGGUAGUGCCUCGUUCUCGGAUGCUCGUCUGGACUCUGCUGCCAGCGAGCUCGCCGAGCUCAAGGGCGUCUGGUCGGAGCUCUCGGCCACGCAUCUGGCGCUGGACGAGAUUCGCGACCGCCCGUGGUCGGCCGUCGUCUCGCGCAAGGUUCGCCAGUCGCUGGAUGACAUGCUCAACACGCUGAAAAACUUGCCCAACCGCAUGCGCCAGUACGCCGGCUACGAUCACCUGCAAAACCUCCUGCGCGGCCUGAUCAAGAUCAACCCCCUUGUUGGCGAUCUCAAGUCCGAGGCGCUGCGCGAGCGUCACUGGAAGCUGAUUGCCAAGCGGCUCCGCCUCGAAAGCGUGCCAUUCACCGAGCUGACCCUUGGCCAUUUGUACGACGCCGACCUGGCCAAGAACGAAAAGGCCGUGCGUGACGUGCUGACUGUCGCCCAGGGUGAAAUGGGUCUGGAAGAGUUUUUGCGCCAAGUGCGCGACUUUUGGCAGGCCUUCCAGGUCGACCUCGUCAACUACCAGAACAAGACCAAGCUGAUUCGCGGCUGGGACGACCUGUUUGGCAAGGUCAAGGAGCACCUGGGCAGCAUUACCGCCAUGAAGCUCUCGCCGUACUACAAGGUCUUUGAAGAGGAAGGGGUCUCUUGGGAAGACAAGCUCAACCGCAUCAACGCCCUGUUUGACGUCUGGAUUGACGUCCAACGUCGCUGGGUCUACUUGGAAGGCAUCUUCUCGGGCUCGGCCGACAUCAAGCACCUGCUCCCGACCGAGACGUCGCGCUUUGCCAACAUUAGCACCGAAUUCCUCGGGCUGAUGAAGAAGGUGACCAAGUCGCCCUCCAUUCUGGAUAUCGUGGCCAUUCCGAACGUGCAAAAGUCGCUCGAGCGUCUGGCCGACCUGCUCAGCAAAAUUCAGAAGGGUAUCGGUGAAUACCUCGAGCGUGAGCGUUCGUCCUUCCCUCGCUUUUACUUUGUCGGUGACGAAGACUUGCUCGAGAUUAUCGGCAACAGCAAGGACAUUCCCAAGCUCCAAAAGCACUUCCGCAAAAUGUUUGCUGGCAUCAACACGCUGACCCUUGACGAGGAAAGCACGACGGCCUUGGGCAUUUGCUCGCGCGAAGGCGAGAGCGUGCCGUUCAAGUCUGCUGUUGUCAUCAAGGACAAGCGCAUCAACGAGUGGCUUGCUCAGGUGGAGAAGGAGAUGCAAAUGACGCUUGCUCACCUUCUCGCCGAGGCUGUCGAGCAAGUGCUCAAGUUUGACGCGAGCAGCUUCUCGCCGGACGCGUACUUGACGUGGAUGGACUCGUUCCCGACCCAGCUGGUCGUGCUUGGUGCGCAGGUUGCCUGGUCGCAAAGCGUCGAGACCAACCUGACGGAGGCCGCCAAGGCUGGCACCAGCGCCGCGGCCGCUGCCGGCCUUCGUCAGGUCGUGUCCAACGUCGAGACCACCUUGGCCGCGCUCGCCGACACCGUCCUCGGCGAGCAACCGCCCAUCCGUCGCCGCAAGCUCGAGCAUCUCAUCACCGAGCUUGUGCAUCAGCGCGAUGUCACGCGUGAGCUGGCAUCGUCCUCCAAGGUGUCGUCGCCUUCGUCCUUUGAGUGGCUCUCGCAAAUGCGCUUUUACUUUGACCCCAAGCACGCCGACGUUCUGCAGCGCCUGACCAUCCGCAUGGCCAACGCCUCGUUCUACUACGGCUUUGAGUAUCUCGGCAUCACCGACAAGCUCGUGCAGACGCCGCUGACCGAUCGCUGCUACCUCACCAUGACGCAAGCCCUCGAGGAGCGCCUUGGCGGCUCGCCCUUCGGUCCCGCCGGUACCGGCAAGACUGAGACGGUCAAGGCUUUGGGCAACCAGCUCGGUCGCUUCACCCUUGUCUUUAACUGCGACGAGACGUUCGAUUUCCAGGCCAUGGGCCGCAUCUUUGUGGGUCUGUGCCACGUCGGUGCAUGGGGCUGCUUUGACGAGUUCAACCGUCUCGAGGAGCGCAUUCUCUCGGCCGUCUCGCAGCAGGUCCAGACCAUCCAGCUCGCCUUGAAGGAAUCGACUGCUGCCACCUCCAAGAUUGAGGUCGAGCUUGUUGGCAAGACGGUUCGCGUCAACCCUGCCAUGGGCAUCUUUAUCACGAUGAAUCCUGGCUACGCCGGCCGCUCCAACUUGCCCGACAACUUGAAGAAGCUCUUCCGCUCGCUCGCCAUGACCCAGCCAGACCGUCAGCUCAUUGCCCAGGUCAUGCUCUUCUCGCAGGGCUUCCGCUCUGCCGAGCAGCUUGCGCGCAAGAUUGUGCCCCUUUUCAAGCUCUGCUCGGAGCAGCUGUCUGCGCAGUCGCACUACGACUUUGGUCUGCGUGCGCUCAAGUCUGUCCUUGUCAGCGCUGGUAACAUUAAGCGCAGCAACUUGCGCCGUGUGCGCGAGCAGGCAGAGCGCGCCGGCCAGACGGUCGAUCUGUCCAUUGCCCAGGACUUUGCCUCUGAGCAGCAAGUCCUCAUCCAGUCCGUGGUCGAGACGCUUGUGCCCAAGCUCGUUGCUGACGACAUUCCGCUGCUGUACAGCCUGCUGGUGGACGUCUUCCCGGGCAUUGAGCAUGCGCCUGCGCAGCUCGACGCCCUCAAGGACGCUGUGCGCGCCGUGUGCAACGAGCGCCACCUCAUUGUUGGCGAAGCCUGGCUCGAAAAGAUGCUGCAGCUCUACCAAAUCCAGACGCUGCACCACGGUGUCAUGAUGGUGGGUCCCAGCGGCAGCGGCAAGAGUUCGGCCUGGAAUGUCCUGCUCGAGGCGAUGCAACGUGUCGACGGCGUCGAGGGCGUGUCCUACGUGCUCGACCCCAAGGCCAUCACCAAGGACCGCCUGUACGGCACGCUCGACUCGACCACGCGCGAAUGGACGGACGGUUUGUUCACGCAUGCCUUGCGCAAGAUUGUUGACGAUGUGCGCAACGAGUCGUCCAAGCGCCACUGGAUUGUGUUUGAUGGUGACGUCGAUCCCGAGUGGGUUGAAAACCUCAACUCGGUGCUCGACGACAACAAGCUCCUCACGCUGCCGAACGGUGAGCGUCUGAGCAUUCCGCCGAACGUGCGCAUCAUGUUUGAGGUCCAGGAUUUGCGCUACGCGACGCUGGCCACCUUCUUCCGCAAGCUGCGCGUCGUUUCCCUCGAUGAUGAGGCUGGCGAAGCGGGAGCCAUCAGCAGCAGCGCCCAGGCCGCCGCGAGUGGCUCGUCGGACGACAAGCAGCUGCUCGUUUCUCCGACCAUGCAAGUGCAACGCGACGCCGCCGACGUGCUGGCGCCGCACUUUGCUCCCGGCGGUCUGGUGCUCAACGCCCUCGAUUACGCCGCCAAGCAAGAGCACAUUAUGCCCUUCACCCGCCUGCGCGCCCUCGGCUCGCUCUUUAGCAUGCUCAACAAGACGGUGCGCAACGUCAUUUCGUACAACUCUGCGCACCCCGACUUCCCGAUGGAGCAGCAGCGCAUUGAGCAGUACGUGUCGCGGCGCCUCGUCUACUCGCUCGUGUGGAGCUUGGCUGGUGACGCUCGUUUGAAGGUCCGCCAAGAGCUCGGCGAGUACAUUCGCGGCGUCACGACCAUUGGCCUGCCUCCGGCCGCCAACAACCAGCCCAUCAUUGACUACGAGGUUGGCAUCAACGGCGAGUGGGUGCUCUGGCAGGGCAAGGUGCCUCAGAUUGAGAUUGACACGCACCGCAUUGCCACGGCCGACGUGGUCGUGCCGACCAUGGACACGGUUCGGCACGAGGAUCUCUUGUACACGUGGCUGGCCGAGCACAAGCCGCUUGUGCUUUGCGGUCCCCCCGGCUCUGGCAAGACCAUGACCCUGUUCUCUGCACUUCGUGCUCUGCCCGAGCUCGAGGUCGUGGGCCUGAACUUUAGCAGCGCCACCACCCCCGAGCUGCUUCUCCGAACGCUCGACCACUACUGCGAGUACAAGCGCACGCCGAACGGCAUGGUCAUUUCGCCCAUCCAGCCUGGCAAGUGGCUCGUCUUGUUCUGCGAUGAAAUCAACUUGCCCGAUCUCGACAAGUACGGCACCCAGCGCGUCAUUUCCUUCCUCCGCCAGCUGGUUCAGCAUGGCGGCUUUUGGCGCACGUCCGACCACACGUGGAUUCAGCUCGAUCGCAUCCAGUUUGUCGGCGCCUGCAACCCGCCCACCGACCCUGGCCGCAAGCCCCUCACCGAGCGCUUCCUCCGCCACGUCCCCGUCGUGCUGGUUGACUACCCUGGGCCCGCCUCGCUCUCGCAAAUCUAUGGCACCUUCAACCGAGCUCUGCUGCGUCUUGUUCCCACGCUUCGCAGCUUUACCCAGCCGCUCACCGAGGCCAUGGUCGAGUUCUUCACCCUGUCGCAGGAGCGCUUUACGGUCGACCAGCAGCCGCACUAUGUGUACUCGCCUCGUGAGUUGACGCGCUGGGUCCGCGGCAUGUACGAGGCCAUCCUGCCGCUCGACUCGCUGCCGCUGGAAGGCUUGGUGCGCGUGUGGGCCCACGAAGCUCUGCGUCUCUUCCAAGACCGUCUCGUCACGGACGAGGAGCGCCGCUGGACGGACGAGACGGUGGACGCGGUUGCCGCCAAGCACUUCCCCACCAUCAACAUGCAGACAGCCCUCGCUCGUCCCAUUCUGUUUAGCAACUGGCUCUCGAAGGAGUACGUCUCGGUCGAGCGCGAGACGCUGCGCGAGUUUGUCCGCGCUCGCCUGCGCGUCUUUUACGAGGAGGAGCUCGACGUGCCGCUCGUCCUCUUCAACGAGGUGCUCGACCACGUUCUGCGCAUUGACCGUGUCUUCCGGCAAAUGCAGGGCCACAUGCUCUUGAUUGGUGCGUCUGGCGGUGGCAAGACCACCCUGUCCCGCUUUGUCGCCUGGAUGACGGGUCUGAGUGUCUUCCAAGUCAAGGUGCACAACCGCUACACGGGUGCCGACUUUGAGGAGGAUUUGCGCGAGAUUCUGCGCCGCUCGGGCUGCAAGGGCGAGCGCAUGUGCUUUAUUCUCGACGAGUCCAACAUUCUCGAUGCCAGUUUCUUGGAGCGCAUGAACACGCUGUUGGCCAACGGCGAGGUCCCCGGUCUGUUUGAGGGUGACGAGUUUACCACGCUCAUGGCCCAGUGCAAGGAAGGCUCGCAACGCGAAGGCCUGAUGCUCGACUCUCAAGAGGAGCUGUACAAGUGGUUUACUCACCAGGUCAUGAAGAACCUGCACGUCGUCUUUACCAUGAAUCCCUCCGCCGAAGGGCUCAAGGACCGCGCCUCGACCUCGCCUGCCUUGUUCAACCGUUGCGUCCUGGAUUGGUUUGGCGACUGGUCCUCUGAAGCUCUCUUCCAGGUUGGUCGCGAGUUUACCAUCAAGCUCGAUCUCGAUUCGUCGAGCUACCAGGCGCCGCCAGAGCACCUCUUCCCGAUUGUGGCUGGCGUCCCUGCUCUGCCCUCGCCCACUCUUCAACGCGACGCCAUCUCGAACGCGUUCGUGCACGUCCAUCGCGCCGUGAGCGAGGCUUCGGAGCGUUUGCUGCGUCGCACCGGACGCACCACCUUCAUCACGCCGCGCCACUACCUCGAUUUCAUCAACCACUACGUCGAGCUGUUCACCGAGAAGCGCACCGAGCUGGAGGAGCAGCAGCUCCAUCUAAACGUCGGUCUGUCCAAGAUUCGCGAGACGGUCGACCAAGUGGAGGAGCUGCAAAAGAGCCUUGCCAUCAAAAAGACCGAGCUCGAGGCCAAGAACGAGCUCGCCAAUGUCAAACUCCAGCAAAUGGUCCGCGACCAGCAGGAGGCCGAGACCAAGCGUGUCACGUCGAUCGAGCUCCAAGCCGCGCUCGAAGAGCAAGAGAAGGUGAUUACCGUCAAGCGCGCCUCUGUUCUUGCCGACCUCUCGCAGGUCGAGCCGGCCGUUCGCGAUGCCCAGAGCGCUGUGCAGUCCAUCAAGAAGCAGCAUCUCACUGAAAUUCGCUCCAUGGCCAACCCGCCGGAAAUGGUCAAGCUCGCCAUGGAAGCCGUCUGCGUCCUGUUGGGCGAGUCCAAGCUGGACUGGAAGGAUUUGCGCGGUGUCAUCAUCCGCGACGACUUUAUUCCCAGCAUUGUCAACUUUAAGACCGAGGACCUCAAGGACUCGACGCGCGUGCGCAUGCAGAAGGAGUUCUUGUCCAACCCGAGCUUCAAGUUUGAGACGGUCGACCACGCCAGCAAGGCCUGCGGUCCGCUCGUCAAGUGGUGCAUUGCUCAGGUUGGCUACGCCGACAUGCUCCGUCGCAUCGAGCCCCUUCGCAACGAGCUGGCCAGCCUCGAGAGCGCCGCGACGGCCAACAAGUCGAGCGCCGCCCAAACCAACCAACUCGUCCAAAACCUCGAGGCCUCCAUCAACAAGUACAAAGAAGAGUAUGCUGUGCUCAUUGCCCAGGCCCAGUCCAUCCGCCAAGAGAUGGAGACGGUCAAGGCGAAGGUGGAGCGUUCCAUCGCCCUGCUCGGCUCGCUCUCGAGCGAGCGCACUCGUUGGGAGCUCGAAAGCGAGCAAUUCCGCUCACAAAUGAGCACCAUUACUGGCGAUGUGCUGCUGGCUGCAGCCUUCUUGGCGUACUCUGGCUAUUUCGAUCAGCAGCACCGUCUGGCGCUGAACGUCAACUGGUCGAGUCAUCUGCAGCAGGCUGGCAUCCAGCACCGCAUGGACCUUUCGCUCACCGAAUUCCUCUCGACGGCGGACGAGCGCGCACGGUGGCAGGCCAACGCCCUGCCGUCCGACGAUCUCUGCACGGAAAACGCCAUCAUGCUGCGUCGCCACCACCGCUACCCGCUCAUCAUCGACCCGUCCGGCCAGGCGACCAAGUUCCUGCUGAACGAGUUUUCGGCGCGCAAGAUGACCAAGACGUCCUUCCUCGACGAGGGCUUCCGCAAGCAGCUCGAGUCGGCGUUGCGGUUUGGCAACCCGCUUUUGGUGCAGGAUGUGGAAAACUACGACCCCAUCCUCAACCCCGUUCUCAACCGCGAGCUGCGUCGCGCUGGAGGCCGUAUCCUCAUCCGUAUCGGCGAUCAGGACAUUGACUUUAGCCCCACCUUUGCCAUCUUCCUGACCACCCGCGACCCGACCGUGCAGUUUGCCCCGGACAUUUGCUCGCGUGUCACGUUUGUCAACUUUACCGUCACCCCCAGCAGUCUGCAAGGCCAGUGUCUCAACCAAGUGCUGCGCUCGGAGCGGCCCGACGUCGACCAAAAGCGCUCGGAUUUGCUCAAGUUGCAAGGCGAGUUCCGCCUGCGUCUGCGCCACCUCGAAAAGGAGCUGCUGCGCGCGCUCAACGAGUCCAAGGGCAAGAUCCUCGAUGACGACUCGGUCAUUACAACCCUGGAAACGCUCAAGGGCGAGGCUGCCGAUAUUGCCAAGAAGGUGCUCGAGACGGACGUGGUCAUGGCCGAGGUUGAGCGCGUGUCGAACGAAUACCGCCCCCUCGCGCUUGCCUGCAGCUCCAUUUUCUUCACUCUGGACAACCUCAACCAAGUGCACUUUUUGUACCAGUACUCGCUCCAGUUCUUCCUGGACAUUUUCCGCCAUGUGAUUUCGCCCCAAGAAAACACGCAUCUGCAAGGCAUUACCGACCACGCCAAGCGUCUCGACGUGCUGACGCAUGAUCUCUUCUCGGUCUUGUUCGACCGUGUGUCGCGCGGUUUGCUCCACGACGACCGCAUCGUCCUGGCGCUCUUGCUCGCACGCAUCCGUCUGUCGGGCACGCCCAACCAAAUUGACGACACUGCGUUCGAGGUCUUGCUUCGCGGUCUUGAGAGCCCCGUUGCUGCCGGUGCUGCCGGUGGCGCCCUCGCUGGCUUUAGCGACGAGCAAAACACGCGCUUCCGCAACCUCAGCUCGGUGUCCUUCUUCAAGGAGGCCGUUCAGGGUGCCGGUCACCAUGCAGCCGAGUGGUCGUCGUACGUUGCUGCCCCCGCUCCAGAGACAUUGCUCCCCACUGGCAUUGUUCCGGCCACUGGCAAGGCCACUGUGGACGGCUUCAACAACCUGCUGCUUGUGCGCGCCUUGCGUCCCGACCGCCUCGUGUCUGCCAGCUACCACUUUGUCUCGAGCGUCUUUGGCGACGACUUUAUGCAGAUUGCCGAGCGCGAUGUCGACCUGGCCAAUGUUGUUGAGCGUGAAGUCAAGGCCAACACGCCCAUUCUGUUGUGCUCGGUGCCCGGCUACGACGCCUCUGGCCGUGUCGACGAUCUCGCUGCCUUCAAGGUCAAGCGCUGCGCGUCGAUUGCCAUUGGUUCGGCCGAAGGCUUUGCUUUGGCCGAGAAGGCCAUUGCCUCUGCCGUCCAGACUGGCGACUGGGUGUUGCUCAAGAACGUGCACCUGGCGCCAUCCUGGCUUGUCACGCUCGAAAAGAAGAUGCACGCCGUGACUGCCCAUGCCAACUUCCGCCUCUUCCUGACGAUGGAAAUCCACCCCAAGACCCCACUGUCCCUCGUGCGCCAGUCCCGCGCGUUCAUGUUUGAGCUGCCGCCUGGCAUCAAGGCCAACAUGCUCCGCACGUUCUCGUCGGUGCCUUCCGCGCGCAUGGCUGCCCAGCCCACCGAGCGAGCGCGCCUCUAUUUCUUGACUGCGUGGUUCCAUGCCGUCGUGCAGGAGCGUCUGCGCUACGCCCCGCUUGGCUGGUCGAAAAAGUACGAGUUUACCGAAACGGACUUGCGCGGUGCGAUCGACACUCUCGACACUUGGCUGGCCAUUGUGUCGCCGCCCAGCCAAGGCCGCACCAACAUUUCGCCCGACGCUAUUCCGUGGGAGGCGAUUCGCACGCUGCUGGCUCAGUCCAUCUACGGUGGUCGCAUUGACAAUGAGUUUGACCAGCGGCUGCUCCAGUCCUUCCUGUCGGUCCUGUUCACUCCUCGCAGCUUUGACGCCGAUCACUCGCUCGUCCUGCCCGUCCCGGGAUCGACCGAGCCUGGCGAGUCGGCGGCUGCCUUGGCGCACCUGCGCGUGCCCGACGUGACCAGCGCCGACCAGUUCCUCUCGUGGGUCAAGGCCUUGCCCGACACCCAGGUGCCGGCUUGGCUCGGCCUGCCCAACACUGCAGAGAAGGUCUUGCUGACCUCCCGCGGCGAUCUUGUCAUCUCCAAGCUGCUCAAGAUGCAGUCCAUGGACGAAGAGGACGAGAUCCACGUCAAGGAAGGCAAGGGUGCCUCGACCGCUGCUGCUGCUGCUGCUGCUGCUGCCGAUCCUCGUCCUGCAUGGAUGCGUUCGCUGCAGCACUCGGCCGAGCAAUGGCUCGCGUCCCUGCCCAAGGCUGAUCAGCUGCCCGCGCUGCGGCGUACCAGGGACAACAUUAAGGAUCCUCUCUUCCGCUGCUUUGAGCGCGAGGUCAACAUGGGCAUCCGCCUGCUUCGUCGCGUUACGGAGAACCUGCAGCAUGUGGUGGAGGCGUGCCAGGGCAAGCGCAAGCAGACCAACAAUCUGCGCCUGCUCAUGAGCGACUUUACCAAGGGUCUCAUUCCCGCUGACUGGAACAAGUAUGUUGUUCCUCUCGGCCUCACGGUCAACCAGUGGAUUGUCGACUUUGUGGAGCGCAUCAAGCAGCUCCAGUCCAUUGCGGUUUCGUCCGACCUGCGUCGCCAGACCAUUUGGCUCGCCGGCUUGUUUGUGCCCGAAGCGUACAUUACCGCCACGCGCCAGUUUGUCGCUCAGGCGAACAAGUGGUCUUUGGAAGAGCUCCAGCUCGAGAUUGAUGUUGCCGGCGGCGCUGCUGCUGCUGCUGCUGGCCCGGGCGCUUCGCUCGACGAGCAGAGCUUCCUGUUCAGCGGCCUGAAGCUGGAGGGUGCCAAGUGCGAGCAGAACGAGCUCAGCCUCGCUGUCAGCUCUGUCACUAGUCUGCCUGUUGCCAAGAUGAGCUGGGUCCGUGCCACCCCGUCCGCCUUUGCCGAGGCUGCCCGUGGCCAAGGCAAGGUCAACCUGCCCGUCUACCUCAACACGACGCGCUCCAACCUCCUGUUGACUGUGUUCAUCAAAGCUCCCCAAGGUGUCACCGAGGAUGUCUUUUACCAGCGCGGUGUUGCCAUUCUCUGCUCGUCAUUGAAGGGCGCCAUUUAA